AUGAGCCUGUCCGAUUUAGAAAACAACUCUUUGCUGCUGAGUGAGGCGGAUCGCGUGGAGACAACAGGCACCUGCGCGUUACCGAGCACAGUGGAGCUCAGUAAGGCAGUCUCGGUGUCCCUGGGCUUGGAUCCUGUUUCUUCUCCCCCUCUCAACGACAACAACAACAACAGCAGCAGCAACAGCGGCGGUGUUGGAGACAUUGACAUAGACAUAGACAGCAGGGUGGCGAGCGGCGCUGCGUUCACGUACUACGAGUCAAGAAGCCCUGAAGAGGCACCAGCUAUGAACCCGGACGCUGUCAGACUGCUGCACGAAGACAGCAGCCACAUGAGAGAAGACGACUUUGGGGAAGUUUGCCACGGUAUGCAGCAGGUGAGCUGUAUGGAUCUGCUGCGUGCGCCAGACGUGGACAGCAACGGCUCGCACAGCUUUACGCGCGGCCCGGUCAUAACGAGAUACGUGGGCAGAGACUCAAACUUGUACAUGAGCCCGGUGUCAGAGCUGCCCGGGGUGAACGCUCGUCCGUCAAACGCGCUGUUGCCCGCGCUCAAGCCGUACAGCGUGGCCACGGCGAGCCCCAGUUUCUACAGGGACGCGAUGGAACUGUGGCGCGCCAACGAGCACUGCGAGGGGAGCGACCCGGAGCGGACAGCCCCAGUGCAGCUUGGACAGCACGGCGCUAUUAAUAAUAACAACAACGGGGUGUGUAAAUACUGUAACUGUGUGCGUGGGGCCAGACAAGAGUGCCAAUGCGCAUGGUACGGUUCCAGGGGUGAGCACCAGCUCCACCACCAGCAGCAGCAGCAGCAGCUUGGAAAAGGCGACAUGUGCGCGGAGUAUAGCCAAGUGGAAAGUUACCAAAGUGUUGUCGCCCAAGGGCACGCAGCUUUACCCAGCAUCAAAACCGAGCCAGCGAUAUGGGUGGAUUGUACAGACCGCGGAUUCAGGCACGAGGACCUGUUCCCGGGCGUGUACCUCUCUGACAGGCGUGUGUGUCAGGUGUGUGGGGACGACGCGUCAGGAUGUCACUAUGGGGCGGUCACCUGCGGCAGCUGCAAGGUCUUCUUCAAACGUGCCGCUGCUGGGAAGCAGAACCACUUGUGUGCGAGCAGAAACGACUGCACCAUCGACAAACUUCGGCGGAAAAACUGCGCCUCGUGCAGACUCAAGAGAUGCUUCAUGUCCGGGAUGAGCCUGAAAGGGCGGCGGCUGAAGGGCGUGGGCCAGGCGAGGAAUGGCGAGGAGGAGCAGACAGGAGCAGCUCAGUGGGGAGAGAGAGCGGAGAGGGCAGGUAGAAAAGACUUGGAGCCAGGAAGUAGUGCGGCAUCCAGGCCCCAAAAUGGCUCGUCCAUGGGCAUCCCUCCGUCCCUGCGCUCCUGCCUCUCGCUGCUCACGGUGCUCCAGAGCAUAGAGCCGGCCGUGGUCAACGCCGGACACGACAACGCCCAGCCAGACAGCUCCUCGGCUCUGCUCACCAGCCUCAAUGAGCUGGGAGAACGCCAACUGGUCACCGUGGUGCGCUGGGCCAAAGCCAUACCAGGUUUCCGCGACCUGCACGUGGACGACCAGAUGACGGUGAUCCAGCUGUCGUGGAUGAACGUGAUGGUGUUUGCGUUGGGCUGGAGGUCUUACACGCUCACCAACAGCAACAUGCUCUACUUUGCCCCUGACCUGGUCUUCAACGACAAGCGGAUGCAGGUUUCCAGCAUGUACGAGCACUGUGUCCGGAUGAAAGUGCUCUCUCAACAGCUGUGUAUGCUCAAGGUCACACAGGAGGAGUUCCUCUGCAUGAAGGCCCUGGUCCUCUUCAGCAUCAUGCCGGUGGAGGGCCUCAGGAGUCAGCGGUGUUUUGACGAGCUGAGGACCUCCUACAUUAAAGAGCUGGACCGACUGGCCAGUCACCACGGAGAGACCACCCGCACACAGAGGCUGUUCCAGCUCACACAACUGCUGGACUACCUGCAGGCGAUCGUGAAGAAACUGCACCAGUUCACCUACGACCUGUUCAUCGAGGCCCAGUCGCUGCAGACCCGUGUGAAUUUCCCGGAGAUGAUAUCCGAGAUCGUGAGCGUCCACGUUCCCAAAAUCCUCUCCGGGAUGGUCAAACCGAUCCUGUUCCACAACGCGGCCUAA